AUGACCACGAACCAGGCUCCCAACCCGAGGGAGUUCAAGUCGUGGGAAGAUGCUUUCCAAUACCCGGUCCCAGUUGUGCGCCGGCUUGAACAGCAGCUCCGCUCGAAUAUCAACGAUAAUAGCGACAAGUUGCGCUCCCUGGUCGGCAACAGUUACCGCGACUUACUGAGCACUGCCGACCGGAUAGUCGACAUGGACCAACAGAUACAUUCAGUCGAGACGCGCCUCGGAGAUAUUGGUCAAAAGUGCAAUGCUCGUGCUAUCGAGAGAAUUGCCGCCAACCAACAAAGGACCGCCAAUGCUCAAAGACAUCGCAACUAUGCUCGCAAUGCUCUCGCUUCGAACGUCGCCCUUCUUCAACGUUGCAUGGCACAAGCACUUCAACUUAUCAAACGAGGCAAUUUUGCCUUGCGUGCUGCAAAACUGCUUGUUAUCUCCAGGCUGCUGUUCACCAGUGCUACCAAAUUUCCCGAUCCGCCAGCUCUGCUUGACAACCUGAAGUCGAAGUUGGCAUCGCUCCGUCGCAAGCUUCUAAACCAUAUCGAUAAGGGUCUGGCUUCUGCCACUCUUGAAAAGUCCGCGCUGGUUGACACAUUGGCUGCCUUCUCUCUUGCAACCACAUCCACGCCAACAGACGUAUUGAACCACUUCUUGCAUGUGCGGGCAUCUAGUCUCGGUGAUCUGGUCGAAUUUCCUACACAAACCGACUUACAUGAUGCAUUGGGUCUACUCAUUACGACCAUCAAGGAAGUGCAGGCCAUCUUCCCAAAACAGCUAUCUGCUCUUCUUGGCAGGUUGCAGGACGAGCCUUUAUUGCAAGAUUUGGCCAUCCAGGACAUGCCGGAGCUCAACCUCGAUAUCUACGAGCGAUGGGUCUCCGAUGACGUACGCAAUUUCACUCCUUGGCUCAGACAUGACCAGUUGCAAGCAUCUGCAGCCACAAUUGUAUUGAAGAAAUGGGUCGCCCAAGCAAGAUCUAAACUCCUGAAAGGACUGAAUUUGCUACUUGAGUAUACCCAUGACUUAUCGGUAAUGAUCGUUUUACGGAAAGAAUUCAUUUCGCGUUCUCUGUCUGCCGACCGAAAAUUGCCUGGUCUUGACCCGUCGAGCUUCUUUGAGGAAUUGCGUGCCUCCUUCAAUCGCCGACUUCAAGCUUUAGUGGUUGCGUCUGCCAAUGUUGGUGAAUAUAUCGUCGGACCUUAUUUGAGGGGCGAGUAUAUCCAGUCCAUAAUCAACCCUGGUCCUGCCGCCGAGAUUUGGGAUCCUGCCAAUCUCGAGAUUGAUCCAGGCAAAGGAUCUAUCACAUUCCGGAACCUGAUAAACAACGCUUCGCAAGGCAAGGAUGCCUCACUGCAGGGUCUGGUACAGUCGUUCGACUCAUGGUCUACAGACUUGGCUACCUGGUCUACCACUAUCAAAGCCAUGCGUGAUGAUAGAUGGAACGAUGAUCUCGAUCUUGACAUUGAAGACGAUUUUGAGAUUGAUUCUCCUCAAGAUUUGCUCGCUAGAGAGGAUCCUGACGAGUUGCAGAAACUGCUCGCAUCAGAAAAAGCCAAGUCUCUCAGGGAUGCGUAUGAGCAAAUACAAUCCUACGUCGACAGACAAGGUCGCACAGUCCGGUCGUUGCGACUUCUGCGGGAACUCGCGCAUCAAGCAGCACUAGGCGAGACACAAAGUUCCGCCACGAGACCACCACCGUCAUUGUUUCAAACCCUGCGCGAGAUGCUUGCUGAGCAGGUGAUGGAAAAAUCGCAAGAGCAUCAAAGAGCCUCGACAAAAUUGCCAAAGCUGUUUGUUCGCCCUCCACCUACGGCGUUGUGGGAAGGCUCUCCNCCGCUUCCGGUUCAGCCAUCACCUGCCUGCUUCAGAUAUCUGCAUGAAACAUGCAGAACAAUGAAGGAUGUCGGCAGCGAUCUUUGGUCGCCGUCCGCUGUCUCGAUACUCAAGAGAAGACUGAGAAAGGCUAUCCUUGAAUCACUCGGCAACGUUCUCUUGAGCACUAAUCACACCAGCGACUUGACUGCACCACCAGAUUCCUCAAACGGACACAAUGACUCCUCUACAGCAGAUGAGCCCGAAGAAGUACCUGCCGACGANAGCGCCCCAGACCAAAACUCCCACACCCUCAUUGCCAACAGACCANNAUCUCCCAGAUCGAUCCAAGCAAUCUUCGACUUGCUAUACCUCGACAAGACCCUUUCCGUCUCCAAGCCUAUUGCCAAGACCCCUGGCUUUGAGGAUGCAAUCAAGAAACUCAAACACAAGGCUGAGUUGGAAGACCCCGCGAUUGAGCGCCUGAAAAAGAGUUCUGCCGACUACUACAAAAGAACGUAUCUUUUGUUUGGACUGCUUGCCGUAGGGUAG